UCUCAGUCUAAGCUAGCUUUUCUUCCACUUUCGAACGUCACUUUUUUCCACCACAAGCCUAAAAAAUGCUUAGCUAAAAGGUUGGUUGUAUGAAACUAUGCUGAAAAGCUUGCAGUCUUUUUUAUCCAAAUGCAACAUCAUACUGCUGGCGCCAAAGAGUAUGUGACAAGGAACAAAACAGAGUGAAGUUCCAUUAAAAAAUAAGACAACAGAAGACACCUGAAGUCUGUGGCUGGGACUGUGGCAUCUGAACACCGCCCCCUGAAUGGCAAGUUGGAAAAUGAUUAAGCGCUUGGCCAGCACUUGACGGGAGCAUUCAACUGAACUGUUGCAAAGUGCAACCACGAGCAACAAGUGGCAAAUUCAGAGAGCCAAUUAGCACGCACGGAGAUGCAAUUAUUUGAAUUUACCCAUUGGGCACACUUUCCCAGGGCCCGAACUUAUAUAGAAUCGUGGCAUCAAGUGCAAGGCCUUCAGUUGGUCUUUCAUCUCGCAACAGACAACAGGAUCAAUAAAGACGCUGAAAAGUGAAAACUGCGAAAAUACUUAACAGGUCUUUGUUUUCUAAUUAAAAUUGUCAAUGGUCCAAUGGUCAAAGCAGCACGUGUCGUGCUCCUUGGAGCGUUAAUCUUCGAUUUGCCAAUAAGGCAGCCACUUUUCGUCUGUGAAAAUUUAUAUGGCUGGGAUCUGGGAAGUGGUUCAGUCUCCCCAUCCAAUAAAGUUCCGCCUGACGGGUUACCCUUUAGUAUGUGUGCACAGUGAAAAAUAGUACCUCCAUACGAAAAAUACGAAAACCACAAGAAUGAACAGCCUCUUCAAAAAGAAACAGCAAUUUCCCUUUUUAAUAAAGUGAACAUGUUGAAUUCUGUGUAGUUUUAGUGAGAGUCUCAUAUUUAAGGAGAUUCCCCAAGUCAUAGAAUGUGCUUAUUGAAUUCAAUUAAAUAGUUUCACAUGUAUUUUAAUUUCCGUGUAUUUGUGGUAAAAGUCGUGGAUGUGAAAAGCUAUCUGGGAGAUCAACUGGUCGCUUGACCACAGGCCAAAUAGCCGCAGCACUUUUCGGCGAAAGGCCGUAAAAUCGCUCAACCAGAUAGCGCCAUAAAAUUUCGAAAAUGCCCAAAAGAAUUUAGUCUGAAUAGAUCUCGGAGCAGUGACUACUUCAGUUCGAUUCUAAACGGCGUGCGGAGUGCGUGUGUUAAGUGGAAAUCUCAACCGAAGGAUCCACACGACCGAAAGCAAUGUGGCAAACGGGGCAAGUGUUGAUUCUCGUCCUUUUUGUGCUCGCAACAAUGAGAGUGGCACGGAGCAGCGGCAGUCGGUUUAAUGGCGGCACUUCCGGCAACCAGAACCCGCAACUGAAUCUGCAGAUGAAUGCGUGGCAGCCAUUCACGCAGCACAACAAUUGGCUCAUCCUCCAGGCGACGGCACCCAGUUCCCAGAAUAUACGGGAACGUCGAAAAGAGCAAAAGCAGGAAGUGCAGGGGCAGGAGUUGCAGCACCAAAGACUUCCUAUCAAUUACUACGCCUACAACCAUCGCUACAACGACAGUGUGGCAGACUCCUUGACGGCGGACGGAAAUUACAAACAGGUUCCUCCAGCCACCGAUCCAGCCAGCUACGUUUUGGCCAUAAGCCAGCAGAUGCGACGCGGCCCUAUCCGACGCCAGUUGCCGGAGGCCGAGGAAGCCAAACCGGAAGUCAACAAGCUGCCUGCGACUCUAACCAACAAAGAUAAUGGUGAUGAUGAUGAAACCGAUGCCAUUGAUUUCGAAUCGGAGGAGCAUCUGUCGCCUCGGGGAGUGGAAUCAUACUUGGAACCCUUCGAACGGGCGCUGGUGAAAGUGAGGGACUUCUGCGACUCCGUAAGGAGCUUUAUUUCUGACGAGCCAGAUGUGGCCGUCUCAAAUAAAUUGGAUGCCGCAGCGCCAGGUGCAACAUCAAAGGAGCUGGUGGCCCAAGGUCGCCGCAGCCGCCUAUCUACCGUCGAGUGGGAGGGCCGCAAGCUCAAAAAGCUGAAGAAGAAGAUACAGAAGCUGCUGCUGCCCCUUCUGAUUGCCUACAAGCUGAAGUUCCUCACCCUGAUUCCCGUGCUCAUCGGUGGACUCACCCUGCUGGUGGGUACCACGGGCCUGGCCGGCUUCUUCUUCGCCCUCUUUACGGCCGUAAUGAGUCUGAAGACCUCCGCGGGUGGCCACGGCAGCAAGUCUCUCCUUUUAAAGAAACUCUCAUGAUCUGGGCCUUAGAUUUAAAUUUAACAUAUUCGACUUUGGAGCCCACAUCGAUUGGUCGAUUUUGUAUCCAUGUGCUGUAAAAAUGCGAAAACGCGCCCUUGAGUGAAAUAAAGUGUGUACAUAAGAGUCAAGUCCCUCGAAAGCGAUAAAAAACUUAAAAAAAACCUUUGAGCUUUUUCUAUCCGAUAGGUGAUUGCUCUUUUCUAUCUAGAAAUUUUUUGUCCUAGCAUUAAUUUUGUAUCUCGUAUUUAUUUUUCACAAUUUACUAAUGCAUUUUUCAACCAUUUUUAGAUUAUAAUUUUACU